AUGUCUGCUGAUCCAAGGCUUGCAAACGAAGAAGAGGAGGAAGAUUUCAGUGAAGUCAAUUGUACAUUCGGUUUCUUCGAUCCAGUACCAGCAGAUGCUAUGACAAUUAGUGUAUUUAUGCCAAGAUACGUCCCAAUUAACAGACUUGAAGUUGCAAGAGCAAUUGCAUGUCAAAAUCGUGUUGGCACUACAAUUAAGGAGCAACUUGAAAAUGGUAUGCCAGGAGAUAAUUUCUUUGGCUUUAAUUCAGUUCUUAAUCUCGGUGUUUACAAAGAUGUUUUACCAAGCUUUGAUGCAUUAAUUAAAUGA